GCUGCCGUAGGAAGCGCCGGCCUAGGCGGCGCCACGUCCCCUGCCGCGGGGGGUGCGGGAGCAGUUGGGCCUCGGGGCCGGUCGCCAUGGCCUUUACGCUGUACUCGCUGCUGCAGGCGGCCCUGCUCUGCGUCAAUGCCAUCGCCGUGCUGCACGAGGAGCGCUUCCUCAAGAACAUUGGCUGGGGAGCAGACCAGGGAAUUGGCGGAUUCGGAGAAGAGCCAGGGAUUAAAUCUCAGCUAAUGAACCUUAUUCGAUCUGUAAGAACUGUUAUGAGAGUGCCAUUAAUAAUAGUAAACUCAAUUGCAAUUGUAUUACUUUUACUAUUUGGGUGAAGAUCAGAGGAAAUGGAGACUCAGAAGAAGAGCUGUCAGCAGGUUAUUACUUCAGUCUUUAUUGAAAUAUACAUAUCUUAGCUGGCUGUACUUGGACGUGACAAAAAUGUAAACCUGACGAUAAAACCAGACUUCCUAUUUAUCUGAUUUUUAAAAAUGUUGCACUUACAGUUUUACUGCAGAAAGAUCAGGUCAUAAGAGGCCAUAACGAUCCAGGAUUGGAAUACAUUUGAAUGCUGACUGCUGAUAGAAGUUCAUGCUAUGGUAAAGCUUGUUAAAAGGGUGCAGGACUAUCACUUCUGUGUUUUUAGAGAUUUCUCUCUUUGACUUCUCAGGGAUGAAUUUUUUUUUCAAAGUUCCUUGUGACUUAGCUAUGAUGUGAGAAUGAUUAUCCUCCUAGAUAAAAUUUAAAAAAUAUGAAAUGUUAGAUAUGUUAUUUGGAUUAUUUUAUUUUGAACUUUGGUUAAAUAUUUUGUCUGUAUACUGUCUCAGCUAUGAAAAACUCAAAUUAGUAGUAACUAUUGAGCAAUACUCUGAUUUCUGGAAGAAUUCUAAUUUUUUAAGUCAGAUAGUCACAUGAUGGUUGUGUUUUUGUUUAAAGUUUUAAGUUCUUUUCAUGCAUUUGUUAUUUUAUUAAUUGGCCUGAAUGGUGAGAGCAGAUCAGUAUCUACACAUUUCCAUAUUUCUGGUAUCUACCGAUACCUGAUCAGUAUCUACAUAUUUCCAAAAAUCUGUAUAGAAAUGUCUAUGCCCUUUUUAACAAUGAUGACUUAUUUUUUAAAAUCAGCAUAAGUAGUAGCCUGCAAGAGCAAUCCUAAACAAUCAACAUUAAACCAUACUACGUAAGAAGACUUUAUUGUGAAGCAUUUACCUCCCACAGUUAUCACAUUUCUGUUUCUUGGAGUAGCACAUUAAGGGGUGUGAUUUGUAAUUCUUCAUUCUGUCAGUCAGUAGAGCAUUUAUGGUGGAUAAAUUGUCUUUUGUUUUUAUGUCUUAGACCAUCCCAUAUUUGUUAUCCCAUAAUACUGUUUUAUACAGAAAGAUUAAAGCAAUGUAAAUGGUUUUUCUGGAAAUUAUUAUAAUAUUUUAAAGGGGGUGGAAUGGUAUCUUUGUCUAUAGGAGAACAUUUGUAAAUAAAGUUCAGUUUCCAAGUCAAA